AUGUCGCGCUACGACGACGACGACGACAAGUACAACAAGGCCAAGCGCGGGGGCCGGCCCGCGGCCUUCAGCGCCGCCAAGGCGCCCCACUCCGCGCGGGGCGCGGGCGGCCCCGGGUCGUCGCGCGCCCCCGCGUCGUCUUCGUCGUUCAACGAUGCGACGUCCUCUCCGGCGGUGUUCGGCGGCUUCGGCGGGAACGGCGACGACGCCGACGCGCUGGCCGCCAAGGUUCGCGCCAAGCUCGACUUUGUCUCCACGCGCGCGAGCUUCGACGACGAGGAGACGGAGGCGGAGCGCGUCAAGGCGUCCCUCGAUCGCCUCGCGUUCGCCUCGCAGGUGAAAGGGGUCCGAUCCGCGUUCGGUGCCGCCAUCAACGACGCCGCCGACGAGAUCGACGGGCUCGCGCACAAGGCCGAGGAGACCGUCGCGGCGUUCCAGGCGAUGCAAUACGCCGCCAAGUGGAUGCCGGUCGACACCAGGCUGAGCAUGAAACCAACGUACGUCAAGGUACCCGUGCAGGCGGUGGAACGGAUCAAGUUCUGGGAACAGGAGAAGCUGGCGAUGAUCGCGUCGCAACACGCCGAGGAGAAGGAGAAGAUCCUCGCGGAGAACGCGGGUCUGCGGUCGAUGAUGGGGCUGGAGGAGGCCAACUCCCCGGCGGUGGAGGAGAUGAGGGAGACGGAGGACGGCGUUAACCGCGCGCUCCUCAUCUCCGCGGUGGAAGAGAUCAAGCGCCUUAAAACGCGAGUAGCCGUGCUGGAAGGGGAAGCGGCGCGAACUCGCAUCUCUUCGGGCGGUUUCGGGUCGUUCUUCGGCGGCGACGGCGGCGGCGGGGGCGUGGACAGCGCGCAGAUGGCCAAGCUGACCACCGAGCUGGCGCGUUUAGAGGAGGAUAACGGCCGGCAGAAGUGGAUGAUUGGCGAGAAGGAUAAGCAGAUCAAGGAGGUGCAGGGCAAGUACGCCGCGUCCGCCGCGUACGCGCUGCAGGAGAAGCUGCAGGAGUCCAUGGAGGCGCUCGAGGUGAUGGCCAACCUGCAGGCGGAACAGUUGCAGUACAUGGAGGACCACGCGCUGCGCAAGCUGGACGCGCAGGACACGCAAAUCGCCGACGUCCAGGACGACCUCGACACCAAACGUGCGCACUUAACGCAGCUCAAGACGCUCAUGGCCGGGUACUGGGAGACGGGCGACGACUCGCUCGUCCCGCCCAUGCUCUCCCUCGCGGGGUUCACCAAAACUGAGGCUUUACAAAUCGCGUCUCACCGCGAGCGACUCGCCGACGCCGGCAUCGGCGGCUUGGUCCGAGGGUUGGGCCGGCGCGGGUACGGGUUUUACGAAAAGUUUUUAGUCGCGUGCGCGCCACCCGCGGUGAAACCGCCCAAGCGCGGCGACGCGGUCACGGGCGCGGACGGGGGUGCCGACGGGGGUGCCGAGGGUGCCGAUGCGAGCCCGGCGCCGUCCACCGCGCCGCCCACCGCGGAGAGGAUGGCGUUAGAGACGGACGACGACGGUUCAGAGUCUGUGGAACGGUUCAACCGGCGGACGAGACAGACGGAGAACCCGUUCGCGACGUCAGAGACGGUUCCGGAAUCGGCGGCGCCCACGCCGGAGAAGGCGUCGAACGACGGCGAAGCCGAAGCCGGUCCGAUGACGCUCCCGUCGCCGCCCGAGGCGAGCGCGGCGCCCCAGUCGGCACCCAACUCGGCACCCGACUCGGCGCCCGACUCGGCGCCCGACUCGGAGAGACCCAAACAAACCAAACUGCCCCGUCGACGCGACGGGGAGACGCCGUCGGAGCGCGUCGCGCGCGAGGCGGAAAAGUCUGCGCGCCGCGAGCGCCAACGGGCGUCGACAUCCGCGUCGGGCUCGUCCGCCUCCGUCCUCGGGUCCGCGACGCGUCACCGGGGCGGCGGCGUCAACGUCGUCGGCGGUCACUUUGCCGGUUUCGACGACGAGGAGCACCGGGACAAGGAACGGAGAGAGAGGGCCAAGGCGCGGGCGCCGCUGCCCGCGCCCAAGCUGAAGGGGAGGGCGGCGGAGGCGGAGGCGAGGCGGCGUAAGGAGGAGGAGGCGAGACGGGCGACGGGGGACGGGUUCGCGGGGUUCGGAAGCGACGAGACGAACGACUCCGACUCCGACUGA